AUGUUAAUAGCAGCACUUACGGUUGUUUGCUUUUCAUUGACUGCAAUUGCAUUGUCUUUGUGUUGCUUGUGGAUUUUUCUUAGGAAGAAUAAGUCGCAAAAACCAACUAAUCAGGAUGAUGAUGAUGAUGAUAAGACCUUAGUAUGGUCUAGGACUUUUUUGGUCAUCAUCUUUUUCCUCAAUGAGGUGGAAUUGUUAAGCAGAUUUCAUCAUCCGAACGUAAUUUCUUUGCAUGGUUAUAGCAUUGAAAAUGAAACGGGGCUUGUUGUGUAUGAGUUGAUGCACAAUGGUUCUUUGGAAAAUCAAUUGCAUGGUAGAAAUCUUAAUUCUGAAUUAACUCGACAUAGGCGAUUGAAAAUUGCUCUUGAUAUAGCAAGGUCGGCAUUGGGCAGUGAGCUUCUUAGUGUGUUGAUCAGAGAUUUAAAAUCCUCUAAUAUACUCUUGGAUUCCAACUUCAAUGCUAAGGUAAAAAAUUUCUCUCUCAUCAUGCUUGUCUGGAUCCAGCUUUCACGCACUAUAGGCUAUAUAGCCCAGAAAUCUGUUUUUGCAGGUACAUUAACGGAUAUGAGCGAUGUUUAUGCUUUUGGUGUAGUACUUAUGGAACUUUUUUUAGGAAGAAAGGCUAUAGAAAAAAAAGGGAACAACAGGCCUUGAAUCUCUUGUAAGAUGGGUAAUGCUGCCUGUGCUGCCCUGACAUUCAUAGUUUCUGACAGAAAGAAUGAAUUUCAAGCAUUUAAUAUUGCCAUAGCUAAGCUAUUUAUGAAUGCAAGCCAAGGGUCUGCUCACUAAUGGAGAUGUAAUGCGAAACAUUGUGGAUCCUGUGAUAAGAGGUACCGUGUAUGUCUGCCACUUACACCAGGUUGGUAAACAAUAAACAGUAGAUUAAUUACACUAGUUAAAAAA